UAGAAAUACAGAUACAACGUCGUAUUUAUAUAUCAGGAAACCUAAGACCUGACCCACAAAGCUAUCCCAUCCCCCUCACAACAAAACGAAAGAAAGUAAAGAAGAAACAGAAGCAGAAGAGGGGAACUCUAGAUAGGCUUUUUAACUGCAAAAAGAUACUAAGUUCUUAUUAGAGUUCAUACAUUGAAUGCUUUCCUAUUAAAAUAUUAUAUUAGAUUUGAAAGAAUCUAGUUGGGAGUAUAUUAUAUUUAUAUUUAUAUUUAUUGAGAAAGAGAAAAAAAGGGAAAUUAGUAUAAUGGGAAGGGGAAGGGUAGAACUGAAGAGAAUAGAAAACAAGAUAAACAGGCAAGUUACUUUUGCUAAGAGAAGAAAUGGACUUCUCAAAAAGGCCUAUGAACUUUCAGUUCUGUGUGAUGCUGAAGUUGCUCUUAUAAUCUUCUCUAACCGCGGCAAGCUCUAUGAAUUCUGCAGCAGCUCAAGUAUAUCCAAGACACUGGAGAGAUACCACAGAUGCAGUUACUCCAACCUUGAAGCUGGCCAAUCUUCAACCGAUUCUCAGGUUCAUUCAUCUCCCUUAGAUUUGUAACUGACUUAGUAAUUU